AUUUCAAGCCCUACAGUUCACAUAAUUGCUUACAUUUUCAAGAAAAUCAAAGGGUCACUCUUGGAGCGCGUGCCAAAGGGCUCGCGGACGCAGAACCUGCGCAGCAUCCCCCCCUGCUGCGUCAUCCCACCUCAGCCAAUCAGCGCGCAGCUGGACGCAGCUCCAGCCCCGCCCAGCAGCGCUCCUGCUGCUCCGUGUAGUAGCAGCAGCCUCCAGAAACGAGCCUCUGGAUCUCCUCCAUCAGUAAAUCAGCUCUGCCUUCGUCCCGAUCGAUUUUUAGGGAAUAUUUGUAAUCUUAAUCCGGAUGGAGAUGGAUGACAGCUCGAAGAUUGGAGAGAGCACGGACGCGAUAGUGACGGAUGAGUCUCCUGUGGAUGACAGGGACGUUCAGGCUGGCCAGAGCGACAUCCCGGUGCUCUCUGUGUGCCCCCCCGACGGGUCUCCUGAGACCCAGCUGACAAUCAGCCAGUCUGACAGGGAGCUGUGUGACAGCUGCAGCAGCCUGGGCAGACCCUCCUCCUCCUUCCAGCUCUACCACCAAGUCCCUCACUGUCUCCACGAUUCACCAAAGCAGAAACAAUGUCGGCGCUGCGGCCCUGCUGGCUCAGCCAAACCGCACGCCUGCCACGCCUGUCGUUCAAAUGCGGCGGGAUGUCACGGCGAGGGAAACGUUCUGGUCAAAGUGGGACACAGCUGCGGUUCUGCCCAUCAGACAUCCAGUCACGGGGCGGUCAGAUGUCACUGGCUCCACGGGUCAAACGAGAGCCGGGCGCAGAAACCGCGGCAGCAUCAUGUGGUGACCGUUCGAAAUGGACGACUUUGCAGCCUCCUUAAAAAUUACUCCCGGCUGAUCGUGGACUAUCCGCUGCUGCUCCUGCUGGGCUGUGCUGCUCUGCUGCUGGGAUGUUCACUGGCUGGACUUCUUAUUGGGCCUUUGCCAGACUUCUCUGACCCCCUGAUGGGUUUUGAGCCGCGGGGGACGUACAUUGGAGUUCGGCUGUCCAGCUUGUCCAAACUGCAGGAGAACACGGGACCGGGGAAAGCUGUGACUGCUGUACCGCAGCAGCUCAGUGGAAGGCUGGAGGACGUCUUUAGUCAAAGCGGUAAUGGAAGUAGAGAUGUUUCCAGAGGUCGUUUUAAGAGGAUGUUGGCUACAGACUCCUCAUCAGAUGCCUUCCUCUGUGAUGCUCCAGGCGAAAGUUUGGCCCGACUUGUGUUUCGAUCGGAAAACUCUGCCAGCCUCUGGAGCCUGAAGGCGAUUCACGCCAUGUGUGAGAUGGAGGAAGCGAGGAUUCGCUCCCAAGCCAAGUUCCAGGACUUGUGCCAGCAGCACAUGAGAGCUGAGGGAACGACCAGGAGAGGCUGCUGUCCAAGCUGGUCUCUGGGGAAUUACUUGGCGGUACUCUCCAACACCUCCUGCUGCCUCAGCCUCAAUGCCCAUCAAGUUUCCGAUGCUCUGAAACUUCUCCGAAAAUGUGCUCCGUACUACCACGAGGGGCAUCUGCUGGAGUCCUGCAUGGAAAGACCGCGACGUGGCAGCUGCUCCUCUGUGCCCUCGCGCUGCAAGCAAUCCCGCGUAGUUUUCCAAAUCCUGCACUUCCUGGUGGACAAAGACUUCCUGGGCCCGGACACUGUCGACUACCAGAUCCCCACGCUGAAGUACAGCCUGAUGUUCCUGCCGAUGGACAAAGGCGAGCCCAUGAUGGAUGUUUACAUGAACAGUCUGGAAAGUAGGGAUCUGACCUACAAUAAUACGACCAUCACUGGGAUUGACUUUGGGAUUAAGAAGAGCCUUUUCAAGCACUACCUAGCCAGAGAUUCUGUGUACCUCGUUUUAGCCGUUUUCUCUCUGUUAUUCACCAUGGUUUUAUAUCUGAACUCCGUCUUCAUCGUAGCGUUAUCGAUUCUCGUGAUCGCCGGCGCCCUCUUGACGUCCUAUUUUUUCUACAAGGUGGUGUUUCGCCUGACUUUCUUCCCCAUGAUCAACCUGUCAGCCGCUCUCAUUCUCUUAGGCAGCUGCUCUAAUCAGGUUUUCAUCUUCAGCGACUUCUGGAAUCUGUAUCUGAUGCAGAAUCCCUCCGCUUCGUCAGGGAAGAGAGUAACCAGAGCUCUUCAGGAAGCUGGCUAUUCGAUUUUAGUGUCCGGGCUAACCGCCAGCGCAGCGUUUUGGUCCGGUUACCUCAGCAGUAUCACGGCGAUCCGGUGUUUCUCCGUCUAUCUGGGUACGUCUUCAUUGAUCAGCUCCCUCUUGGCUCUUCUAUGGCUGCCAAGUGCGUUUACGUUGCGCGAUCGCUACAGGAAGGUCCCCCCCACGUCUUUGGCCGCUCCGGGUUGGAAACCCUGCUGCUCCAAAACCGCAGGGGGCUUCUGGGAAACAAGCUCUCGCAAAAAAUGCCUCUUCGUCGUCUCGCAGAAGCUGAGAGAAAUCAAGCGAGGCCUUGCAGACACCUCCAGUUUGUUGUUCCUGAAGAUCUUACCUUGUGGAGUGGUUAAGUUUCGGUACAUCUGGGUGUGCUGGUUCGCCGUUCUGGCAGCGGGGGGAACAUACAUGUCCUGCGUCGAGCCGGGAAUGAAGCUGCCAACCCUGGAAAGCCAGGUGGCUCAGCUUUUCCGCUCCAGUCACCCGUUCGAACGCUACGAUGCAGAGUACAGUCACAUGUUCAUGUUUGAGAGGCAGAAACGUGGCGAGGAUAAGCCUGUCACACUAAUGCUUGUCUGGGGCGUCAAACCAACCGAUAACGGUGACCACUUGGACCCACGGAGCAGCGGCUCACUGGUCCUUGACCCCGAGUUCAACAUGAGCCGCCCUGAAGCUCAGAUUUGGUUGAGGGAUCUGUGUGGACGAGUCCAGAACCAAAGUUUUUACUCCCCUCCAUCACUGGAGGACGAAGAUGGCGUCGAAAACAUCUGUCUCGUUGAUCAGCUGGUGAAUUGGGUCUCUUCGAGGCGGUGCUCGGACGACACUUUCUGCUGCAGUGAAGUACACUUCCCCUACCCCCCCGGUGUUUUCGAGAGCUGCCUCAGCCUGAUGCUGGUGGAGAGGUUCGCUGGGGGUCGUCUGGCACCACUUGACGGUCUGUACUUCCAUCCAGACGGCAGGGUGGCGGCGCUUGUGCUAGCCUUUAAAACCACAUACCUCUACAGCUUCAACUUCAGCAGGACCGGUGUCUUUUACCGGGAAAUCCUGACGUGGUUCAAUGGAGAAAUGUUGGGAGCGCCACAAGGACUGGAGAAGGGCUGGUUCGUCGGCCCGCUGUCUCUUUAUGACCUACAGCAGUCUCUAAGCACAGAGACGCUGGUGGUGGCUGGCUCCUCUGUGGCUCUCACCUUCGUUUUCCUCCUCUUGACCACCUGGAACAUUGCGCUGAGCAUAUAUGCGACUGCCGCCGUCGGAGGGACAGUGUUCGUCACGGUUGGCCUUCUUGUUCUUCUGGAAUGGCAGCUGAGUGGCGUUGAAGCUCUUUUCAUAUCCGCAGCUGCAGGCUUGUCUGUUGACUUUAUUGUUAACUAUUGCAUUUCCUACAGUCUGGCUCCUCAUUUGGACAAAAUCGGAAAAGUUGCGCACUCCACUAAAAAGAUGGGUUGUCCUGUGGCUAUCGUUUCCGGCGCGUUCUUCUUCACAGGCGUCGUCAUGCUGCCCGCCACGGCCUUACACUUCAGGAAGCUGGGCAUUUUCCUGUUUUUGGUAAAAUGCGUCGCCUGUGGAUUUGCCACUUUUUUCUUCCAGUCGCUGUGCUGCUUCUUUGGGCCCAAGAGGAGCUGUGGACUGAUCCCCCUGCAAUGUCUUUCAGAGAAAGCAGACGGGGCCCCAACCUCCGGCCCCGAGCCUAGUUCCUCAUCAUCCUCAGCUGCAAACGGGGCCUUUAGCAAGUCUCGAAUGAGGCGGAGUUAUGACAGAGAGCCAGGCGGGUACCUCUACCCCCAUCACCAGCGGCAGCAGAAACAGAUGGGAGUUGGGGGCGGCGUGAACAGACGGGUGGAGCAGUAUGAGCUGCAGCCGCUGGCUUACCAACUAAGCGACAGCUUUGAGAACAGCACCUGCACCAGUAAACUGUCCAACCGGCCGUCUGUGCUUUCAGACGAGAUCGAGUACUGCGAGGGAGAGUUGGGCAACAACAGCAUGGACAAGGAAAGUGAGGAUACGUGCAGCAAUGCGAUCUGCCAAGCACCUCCUGCUCUACAGACCUCCUCCCCCUACAGGGAGCAUGCACUGCAUCCAUCCAGCCUGAACACUGCAGCAGACAAGCGGCUGUGUAAAACAUGCACGGCAGCAGUCAAAGAGUGGAGCGACACGCCUCGCUCUUCAUCAUCGAGCUUGAUCAGCCAAACACUGGAGACUUCUGACCAGCCCUCACUUUGUGAAGGCGAAAACGCCGCAGAAGGCGAAGGUCGGCGCAAAGGGCCCCUCCUCUCCUGCUCUCAGAGCUCCUGCGAGGGUUUGGAGGAUUCCUGUGACACGUGCCUCAGCGACGUGGAAGCGGGCCCCUCGCACCCGCAGGGAAACGACGGCGCUGCCGAGGUCCAGCUGCAGCCAGGACACCUCAACGGCAGGCGAGACACGCUCCGCCUCUCGCUGAGGGAAACCGUUUAUGAGGCCGGUGGCAAAGACCGCUCGAGCCGCAGCGAGGAGGUGGUCAUUAUACCUAACAGUAAACCGGACUUACCUGACGUCUGGAUAAAGAGGGACGGACAACAGGAGGCCACCUGCUAGGGAGGAGGCAAAAAAAACACUGUGUAUUCAUCACUCAUUUAUGAUUAACCACAGUAAUAACGCUAAGAGAAACUUUUAACCCUUUUCUACCAGAUCAACCAUCAAAAAGUUGCACUUGGUCAAAGAGUGUGUGGUAUUUUGGUGUCACCGGUGAUAUCUUCAAUGGUAAGGGGGUUAACACUGGAGCUUCCAAUGCAGUCUCACUCUCAACUCGUCAUAUAUGGACGUAUGGUUUUAGGCCCUCUUCGCCCCUCUUUGGGUGUCACCAACUUGUCGUUUUUUGAUGUGCUGGCUAAUCCCAUAAAAUCAGGAGUCCCCAACCUCCGGGUCGCAAACGGAUACCAGUCCAAGGGCUGAUUAGUACCAAUGCUAAUCAAGGGUCCCCAACCCUCAGGACACAGACCAGUAACCUAACCUGGCACCUUCCUCGUCAAGUACCGCAUCUGGUAACUCGUUCCCAGGGUUGGGGACCCGUGAUUUUAUGGGAACAGCCAGCAUGUCAAAAAACGAACAGAGUUGGGGACACCCAAAACGCCAAAAAGUGGCGCUGAGGGGACCUGAACCAUACGUCCAUAUAUGAUAAGUUAGGAGUGAGAAUGUUUAGGAGCGUCAGCUCUUUCAACUACUAUAACUCUCCGACUAUUGACGCAGUUAACGUAGUUGCAUCGGAUUGCAUGGGAAAAAUCAGUUUUGCGCUGAUGUUUCAAGUUUUGAGCUAAUUUUCUCCACAUCGGGAUUCGUUGGAACUACGUUACUAAAGAGUUGUGCUAGGUCUUAUUUAGGUGUAGCAUUAGGUCCAGUCUUGACUUUUUUUGACUACUGUAACUCUUCAACCUUUUUAUGCAACUAAUGCAAAACCAGCGGAAUGGAAAAGUAUCCUCGCACUAUCUUACACAUCUUACACUAUCUUGCACAUCUUACACAUUCAAAGUAAAUCAGCUGAUUCUGAUACUAACAAAAAAAACAGCUUUGCAUACUUUUCUGCGUCAGAAUUUGUUUGAAUUACGUGAAUUGUGUAAUGGUUUUAUUUUGAUGUCUCUGGUGGUAAAGGGUUAAUAACAAUACUUUAAGGAAGUAAAAGCCAACUGCAAGUGUGACAUACGACGGCAGCAUAUCAGGUUUGAGGGAGUUUUGAAAUAAGCCUGGUCUGUAGUGUUUCUGAUUUCUGUUCAGUAGCAGGUCCUUCAAGAAGACCGGGACUGAGAAACGCUGGGCCGGAACACACCAAAGUGGCAUGCACCACUUGAAACCACGGUCCAUUUUUAUUUAGCACUAACUGCAUCUGCUGGACUGACUGUGUGCCUGAGACUUCCUACUUUUCUGACCCUGGACACUGAUGCUGUUUUAAAGGAAACAGAGCCUUUUAGUUUCUCUUGAACUCUAUUCAAGUUUACAGGAAGUUAAAUUCCCAAAGCUCAAUGAAAUGUUUCAGCUUUAAUGUCGAUUUUCUAAUAACAGUGAUAAAUGUUGGAGUAGCCUUUUCUAAACUUAAUUUAAAAAAAAAAAAGAGACAAGUGAGAGAAAUGUAGCAUUAAAGCUGGUUAAAGUGAACCAUUUGCAUGAUUUGACCUAACACUUUCUUAUGAAUUUGCAUCAGCAAUAAUGCAUUUUUUCCUCUUGAAUGCGCAAAAAACAAAAUGUUUCUGCUGUUGCCACCAUUGUGAGGUCCCACUGCAGACCUCCCAGGUUUUCUGCGUUCGAGCUUCUCAGUGUUCAUGAAAGUCGCCACCGUUUCUCCUCCAGCUGCAAGACAACAAAGUCUGACUGCGCCUAACGUGCCUGGUCUCCAUCAGUCCCAUCUUUGGUCAGCUUGUAGCCGAGUCAGAAUUCACUCACUACUGGUGCACUAUAUAGGGAAUUCCCCAUUUUUUAUGGGGUCUGUACCUACAAUUUCCAAAUGCAGAUUUAGAAGUCUCCGCAAACAACUAGUGUAAUAUUGACCACAAUGCAUUGCGUUUGAACAAUGUAUCUUUGAAAUUAAUGUAUUUACUUAUUUUUUUACGAAUUGUCCAGUUUUUCAUCAUCAGAACACAGUGGAUUCAUCAAUAGUUGUAAAGUGUUCCUAUUUCUUAGGUUUUUAUUUUGGGAAAAGAGUGAUGUUAUAUCUAUCUUUUAAAAAAAAUAGUAAACAUGUCAAAAUUGUGUUACAGACCCACUCUGAUAAAAUUGGUCUUUUUAACAUGCUGU